UUUUUAUGUUUAAACGGCGAUCCGUUCAUAAGAGCAAGCGAGAGAAGAGAGAUUCGACGAAACUCUCUCUUCCACACAACAACAAAAAUACCUCACGCGUACGCUUCGUUGUUCAUUUGUAGAGGGAGUGCGUUUUGAUCUCCCUUCUAAGAAUCACACGAAGAGAGUGAGAGAAAUGAGGAGAGUGGAUACGUACGAAAGAGCAACAGGCCGGGUUAAGUAUGAUUUUCCAGCUAAGCCAUCUUCAUUCCUCUUAAGUCGAUUGAAGCGCGUGAACGUAGCCGGAAUCUGUGCGCGCGUUCCACCAACGAACGAUUUCAACGAGCGAACAAAUAGAAUUGUUUAUUAUUUUUUACCAUCCCUCAAGUGUGAGUGCGUGUUGGGUAGGGUGUUUGAGCGUAGAACUAACGGAUGUCGGGGCGAUGGUUCUAUAAUUGGAUGAAAUAGUGAAGCUAUCACGGUGCCGACGUGUAACGUUCCGAUAGUGGUGUACAGGCGCCACCAAGUGCAUUCGGUGUAUCGUCUCCCGACACUGCACUUUAUCAGUGCAGUUUAUUUUCGCUCUGACCUCUCGCUUACUCCACAAUCUAUGCGAGGGCCUACACAUGUCCACAGCAAAUGUCCUGGAAAGGUUUCUCGAAACGCGCUAGUGUUGUGUGCCGGGAGUGCAGUUAUUGAAAACGAAAAUAAAAGCCACAGAUAAGGGGUCGGUCGGACGGUCGGUACUGCCCGGUACGUUCGAUUGCAGUUGCUUUUGCCAUGAUUGCUCGUUGUUCGCUGUUUGCAUUGGAUCGUUCCGACAGAAAGAAACGAAAACCAUCCCAAUAGCAGCGAAAAAUGAAACAAAGUGAGUGAAAUUAAAAAGCCAAACCAAACAACGGCAGUAGCAGUGCCACCAUAUCGCCGGUUGCACAGUUUUCGAAAACAAAACCAGCAAAACAAAAAAGAUUAAAGUGACAUCGAGAAGUGUAACGCAACAAAGCAAAAGUAAAUGUAUUGUUUGUACAACAGAUGUGAUGGUGAAAAUCGUAAUCAUAAAAUCAACCUUUUUUUGCGAAAAAUAAUAACAUAUUUGGAAAGAGAGUUUCCUUCCGUUGUUUGUAAAUGAAAAAAAAGUGAAACAUAACAAUCACACCAAAGUGAAGCAAACAGUUGGAAGAUAAUAGAAUUGAAACGAAAAUAGCAUAAAUAUGUGAGUUUAAAUGCAAUCAACUUUAAUCAAGCAUAUGAAAUAGUUGUGCGAGCGGAAAGCAAACAAAACAAAAAGAUGCAAAACAUAAUAACAGAAAACCCCAAAUGAAGGUUAUCAGAACGGAUGUGCAAAAAAAAGAAAUACUAGUACGAUUUGAAGUGUUGUUUUUAUGCAGUGAAAAGAAAAGCACUUUAAUUUGUGCUGAUAAGGAAAGAAAUUAGUUAAAAGUGUGUGUCAAACAAAAAAUCCUUUCACUCAAGUGUACAAUCAAAUCAUCGCUAAUCGUUGUGAUUGAAACGCGAACAAAUUGUUGAAAUAUUACUUGUGUAGUACGAAACAUUGUGUUGUGUGCUAAUCGAAAAAGUCCUCCCUGGCAGUGGCAUCUUCUACAGUUCACUUCUAACCGGACACGGUGUGACUUUGACGAGAUCGCUAAUUAAGCUGUUACUAUCAUCAGGCUAAAGACAGUCCGUUCAAAACCAUCUAAGAUGUUGAAGCACGUGCAGAUCUCGCCAAUGCGCAGCCGGGCAGAUUCCCUGUCGAUGCGUUCGUCCACAUCCUGUGCAUCGUCCCUGUGCGGCAGUCCGGAGCCUCCGGGCGAUCAGCUACGAAGUCACUCGAGAGCCUCCAGCUAUUCCAGCCUCAACGAAACCAUUCCGCAGACGACCAUUAAAAUCUACACAGCUUGUUUGCGGCAGGACAUCGAGUACAAAACGCUUGGCAUUUCGUACGAUGCUACCAGUAAGAGUGUCGUGCAGCAGGUUCUUCGAAGAUGCAAAAUGCGCCAUCGAGAUCCGCGUUUGUUUUACCUCACGAUGGAGGUGACUGUACGCCGGCCGGGUGUAAAAUCGGUGCUCGAGCUAGAUGACGAAGCACGACCCGCGCUAUUGCAGGCAUGCCAUCCCAAAGGUGACUCCAGGUUUUGUCUUCAGCAGAAACCAGGUGGUCUAAUACGGGUACACACAUCAGCGCUACAGCCCAACUCCCAGUACAAAUCGCUACUCAUCUCGGAGGAGACAACUUCGGACGAGCUGCUGUCGCUGCUACUCUCCUGUUACAACUCGAUCGAACCGGUGGAACAAUUUUCCCUGUACGAGGUGUGCCCGGGCCAGGAGUAUCAGCGCAAACUGCAUCCGGACGAUCUGCCCCUCAAGACACAGCUGCAGCGCCAACAAAAGGGCGAGAUUAUGCACUUUCUCGUUCGUCGUAAUCCGAACUAUCCACGCCGCCGUCAGCUACUCGCCACCAUUGCCGAAUCGAAACACUUCAUCCUCAACUCAUCCCUGGACUCUGCCAACGUACAGCAUCCGGCAGCCGGCAUCCAUCAUCAUCAUCAUCAUCACCAGCAGCAACAGAACCACCAUCACCAUCAUCAUCGAUUGUCGCUUCAUUCGGGUAGCUUUUCACUUGGGCCAACCGGUACGCCUACCAACACCUUCAUCUCGGACAUUGUGGACGGGUUGAGUUCGCUGAACGAUCUGCCAGCAGACGCGAAGAGCCUGCGGCUUAAGGAAAGUAGUUCCUUCUGUCCUGCAUCGCUCGACGAUUCGGCCACCUCGACCGAUUCCACCGACUCGACCGAAUCGUCCUCAUCGUCCUGUUCGUCCUUUUCCUCCCUUUCGUCCGAUUCUUCCUUCGAGGAGCCGGAGAAACACACCAUCGAUAACACGAGCAAUAUAACACAAACGACUUCCUGCCACCAAGCACUGCCACCGGAAGUGAAGAGCAAAAACAGUGCCCAGCAUCAACAACCUCCACCCCGGCCAGCUAAAUCUUCCAGCAUGCUGGCGGCACUUAGUCGCCCAGCGUUGCUGCCCGUCUCGACGCUGGCCGCACCGUCGUACAAUCCCGUGUACAACAUACGCGAAAUUCGUACCGUCAGUCAGUCGUUUUCUGCACUCGGAAUUGACAAAAAGUUGGCCGACAUUCGAAGCAACACCGGCGUGAAAACGAACACCACCGAGAGCGGUACGGUGCGAAGUAGCGCCCUGUUGAAGGAGAUGGUCAAUACCGACCCGGCAAAGGGUGUCGGUAACUUUGUCUACAUUUAGAUCGCUGUUGGAAGCUGCAAUGGGGAAAAGCUCAUUUUUCGGGCACGAAACAUGUAGCGAGUGUUUGUAAUGCUGCUAUCAUCCUAGUCUUAGCUGUAAUCGUAAACAAAGCAGAAUAUCAUCUACACGCGCUAGCGGAAAGAAUUUUGAGGCUUCCUCGAGCGGAAGCGUUAAAAGUGCUACCGCCGUGUAAAGGCAUCGGAAAACGAAUCCAUUGUAGUUUUGAGUGGCACCGAAACAGAAUCCAAACAAUGUACAGAUUACCAGGUAGGGAUGGUUGAGAAGCGAGCCUACGGGAAGCCAAAUAGGAACCAGAAGGCAACACACGGUUCAUGGAAAAUGGGAAAUGGGGCCCAUCCGCCCAACAUCCGGCUGAUGGGUGGAAGUGAACAUCGAUGUUGUGCUGCAUGCCAAAGAGUUUUUAAUCAGCUAGCUAAUGUAAGAAAUUGUUUUAAGACACGAACACGACCAUACGCGCAGUUUACAAAUCAAUAUGCACCAUUAGCCAAAGCCUUAAGAAACGCGUACGGCAAAUAUACGAAAGCAACGCCUGAUCCGGCCUGUUGUCCGUUCGAUCGUAGCCGAGUAACUAUUGAAAUACCAAAUGAAAGUUCUUUUCUUAUCGAAAUAGCAGUAGACGGCAUGAGUGGUUAUGAGAGCGCGAGUUCUCCAUGCAUGCUUCCAAUGCUUUCUGCUGCCUUUGUCUGUAUGCUUGAAUUAUUGCUAUGUUUUUUUCUUUCCUUCUAUACAACAAUACAUCUAGAUAAUGCUUAAUGUUUAGCGAACAAAGCAAUAUAAACUUGUAUACAUUGUAUUGGAACUAUAUGUUUGUUUACAACCGCCAACAUCUAUAGGAAAACUUUACUGUCUUUACGCUAUCGAUGUAUUUUAUCUUUCCCGCAUUCUUUAGAAGUGUCUAUCAGAUGUAUUUUUAUUAACUCGUAAGUAAGUUAUCAACUGAAAUAUAAAGUAGAAGUAUUUGAAAACCAGAAAUGGCUUUGAGUGUGUUUAUUUGUUUUUUGUUUUGGUUUUCUGACUUAUCAACUUUAAGGAAAGAACGACUAUAUAAAAAACACAGAAUCUGUGAUUUGUACAUGACAUUGAUUAUGAACGAUGGCGAUCUGAUGUGAGUUUUAAACGUGACUUCUUUGAAAUGGAAAUUAUACUGUAGAGAAAAACCUUGAAAAGGAUGAAGGAGAUUUCAGAAUUACUCCAAGUCAUGUUUUACUUUAUAAUUAUUUAUAAAUUCAUGAACCAUGGAGCUGUUAACAUUGAGGACAAAGUGUCGUC